GUGAAUAUUUUGUGUGGAAUUGUGUGUUCAGAGUUAGAUCUGCUUCUGAUAUAGUAAAUAGAUUAGCUUCUCUCAAGAUUUUAUUAAAUGUGUGCUUUGUGGCAUUGGUCUUUGCAAUGAGUGCAGAAUCUCAUGAUCACAAUUAUUAUUUAGAUUGAUUAGAUUGAUAAUAUUUUUCAGUCAUCAAUAAUCAGAACAACCAUGAUUGGAUACAUUAGCAUGCAGCCAUAUUUCAAGGACCAACCAAUACAAGUUGUGAAAUAUCUCUUAUUUAUCCUCGGGAACUUUAAGCAUGAAUUUUACAAUACAUAAACUUGCUGGACGUAUAGAUCGAAUAUCCAAUUAGUCCAAGAUUUUAUAUUUUCUUUUUCUCUCCAACUGCAUUUUCUUGAUCAAUGUUUAUAGUUUUGGUGUACCUAAUGCAGUUAUAAAUCUGCUCAUGAUCAUUCCAUUUUUCUUUUUUUCACUUGAGUCAUAUACUCCUUAUCCAUACAAAAAAUCGGAACUCCUCUGUAGAAAGCCGCCUCGGAGCUUCGCUUGAACUUGGCUGCAUCCUUUCUUGUUAAGGAAAUACGCCUGCGAAGGUUUUUUUAUAGGGUAGCAAUAUUGAGUAAUAUUUUGUAUAAAUACAUCAUGCUUCCUCCUAUAAAUUCAUGGAUAGCACAGUAAUGUGAACUUCUACUUUAAUAUAGAAUCAUGACUGAAUUAUUUCCCCGAGAAGAUGUAUGUCUUCAAGGUAACCAUUAUAAUGGUGAACAUCUUAUUGCAAGAAUAACUGCUGUCCCCGUGGUUUUUGUGUUAUCGGCCCUUGGAUCACUUUUCCCAUUAGUCGCUUUGUAUUCACUGAAAUUUCACUUACCUAACUGGCUAUUCUUUAUUACCAAGAAUUUCGGUAGUGGUGUUAUCAUUGGAACUGGGUUUAUUCAUCUCUUGGCAGAAGCCCUGGUGGCACUUACCAACGAUUGUUUGGGUGGUGUCUUUGCCGAAUACCCAUUUGCAGAAGGGAUUGCUUUGAUGGCAGUAUUUGUAUUCUUUUUCUUUGACAUGAUCGCCAACAAGAAAAUUCACCAGAAAGCAAAACUCCACGCUGACUGUUGUGAGAUUGGGGCAGAUGGACAACCACGGUGUAUUAUUGCAGAAUUGGAAUCAUCCGAGAGCUCUCUAGAUAAGGAAAGUUCUUUGGACAAGGAAAGUUCUGUAGGUGGAGAAAACACCACCGCUACACCUUCGGAUGUACCUGAUCCCCUGGCUGCUGCUUAUGAAAACUUAUAUCAGCAAAUUCUCAAUUGUAUUGUUUUAGAGUGCGGUAUUGUUCUUCAUUCAGUAUUUGUUGGGUUAUCCUUGGCAAUUGCUGGUGAUGAAUUUGUUUCAUUGUAUAUUGCCAUUUGUUUUCAUCAAUUCUUUGAAGGGUUGGGGUUAGGAACAAGAUUUGCAACCACACCUUGGCCCAAGGGGAAAAAAUAUGUGCCUUGGCUAAUGGCAUUCAUUUAUAGUUUAACAACACCUUCAGCGGUUGCCAUUGGGAUUGGUGUAAGGAAAACUUAUCCUGUUAGAUCAAGAACAGCAUUGAUCACAACAGGAACGUUUGAUGCUAUGUGUGCUGGUGUGCUUAUUUACAAUAGUAUUGCUGACUUGAUGGCUUAUGAUUUCAUUUAUUCGUCUGAGUUCAAGGAUAAGUCUACCAAGAACAUGUUGGCUGCUUACUUCUGGCUUGCCUUUGGUGCUUUUGCAAUGGCAUUCAUUGGAAAGUGGGCAUGAUCCUGAAUUUGGUAUGAAUUUACAAAUCUUAAAAUAUAUAUACAUACAGUUUAUAAAUAUAAAUUUUGCAGGUGUCUAUUUACAUAUUUUCUAUUUACAAGUCUAUCUACAAGUUAAUUACAUUAGAACAUUUAAACAUAUUUGAAUAGCAAAUCAUCUUCGACAUAGUCAAUUCUCGCGAUUUGGAGUCUGUUUGAACUUAUUCUACCAUCCUUACCGAUAAGUCCAUUCUUGUAAUCCUCCAUAAGAGCAUCUGAAACUUCAAGAUUGGCAAUCAUAUUGGGGAAUUUCUCACAAGUAACACCAAUAACAGCAUCUUUUCUGGGAGCUGCUUUCAACACAAGAGAAAACUCAAUAGGAUUCUUGAUCUCGCCAGCUUCAAACAAUCUCUUGUAUUCACGAAGAAAAAUACCAGUCCAGAAUUUUUGUGCAUAAGCGCUUGGUUUCUUUGCGUACGCUGCUUUUGAAUUCACGAUAUUGGCAAUAUUUUCAAGAUUUGAAUCCUUGAUAAACCCUUCUUCGCGGCCAAGGAAAUAAUCCUGGAACUUCCAUUGAUUGAUCAUAUCAACGUAUCUUCUCAUGGGUGAAGUGAUGGUUGUAUAUGAUCCAAGUCCAACAAGGGCAUGAGUUCCAUGUGAGACAGUAUAUUUGGCAAGGCUCAC